AUGUUUAAAGGCUUGGGGACGUGGUUUGGUUUGGAGAACUCGGCGUCCACGAAGGCGUCGGAUGACAAAGACAGCCUGAGCGUAGAGCAGGAAGAAAAGGUGGUAGAGGUGCAAAACGAGGUAAACAAACAGCAACCAGCUGACCAGGAUGGAGGACGAGAGGCCAACCAGGAAAUCUCCGAGCACAGUAAAGGACUGGGCGAUUACUUCUUCAGCUUUGCCUCCAGUGCCACCAAGAAGUUGUCUGAGUCAGUGGUAGAGACCGCGCAGAGCAUCAAAAAGACUGUGGAAGAAGGCAAAAUCGAUGGCAUCAUUGAUAAGACAAUUCUGGGGGACUUCCAAAAGGAGCAGAAAAAGUUUGUCCAAGAGAAGAAAUCAAAAAGAUCAGAAGCUGCGGUGCCUCCUUGGGUUGGCUACAACGAGGAGGAGACAAUCCAGCAACAGAUCCUCGCUCUGUCUGCUGACAAAAGGAACUUCUUGCGGGACCCACCUGCUGGUGUUCAUUUCUACUUUGACAUGGAACACAUGUAUCCACUGGCUGCAGUGAUGCUGGAGGAAGACCAGCUUCUCAACCGCAUGCGCUUCGACCUGGUUCCUAAGCAGGUGAAGGAGGAGGUGUUCUGGAGGAAUUACUUCUACCGGGUGUCUCUGAUCAAGCAGUCAGCUCAGCUCACAGCACUGGCAGCGCAGCAACAGCAGCAGAAGGACGACGAGGACAGAGGGGCCAGUGUUUCACCUGAGGACGUCGUGUUAAAAGACAACGUCCGACCAAAAACACCGCCAGUUUCCAUCAACAACAUACAGAAGCCGUCUCAUGAAGAAGAGGAGGAAAUAUCAACAAGUCCUGGAGUGUCAGAGUUUGUGAGUGACGCCUUCGACUCGACGGGCAUCAACCACGAGGACCUGAGGAAAGAGAUGGAGCAGCUGGUGCUGGAUAAGAAGGACAGCGUUCCCUCUGCCGACGACGAGUCAGCCGACUGGGAGAAGGAGCUGCAGCAGGAGCUCCAGGAGUACGAGGUGGUGACCGAGUCGGACAACAAAGACGACCAGUGGGAUCAGGAGAUCGAGAAGAUGCUGCAGGCAGACGACAGCUAGUCAACAACCGAGUCUUUACUGUACAUGAAGGAUCUGGACCACACUUAAUGAAUAGUCAUGAAUGAUGCUUUAAGGGGGCAAACCUUCACGUCCUCUAGCCCCACCCAAGCGUGGUUUCUGUCUCGCAAACAAAGUGGUGUACCUGAUGAUGGUGUAGAUCCGAUGAUAGCAAGCGUGUGGUUCAAGCAGUGGAUAGUAAUGAGGUAUUACUUCAUUGAUUCUUCCAAAAACAGUUUAAUUUCUUGUCUCUUCUUUGGUCUGAAGGGAAACGCUCAACAGAGGGCGCUCUAGUACACGACCCUAGACUUUUAUUAUACACUUCAGGUUGUUGUCACUUGUUUGUUUCCACUGCAGCUUUCUUUUAGUGGGUUGUACAGUGAAGUCGAGGUGUAGCUAUAGUACAAGUCUUGCCACAUGUAAAUAAGAUUCUAACACUAUACUAUACAAGCUUCGUUCCCCUUUCGUCAUGCGGCUUCACAAUUUACAUUUUGUAUCUAAUCUUCAGUCCUGCAUUUGGGCUCCUGUGUGUACGUCUGCUUCUAACGCUGCAAUUAAAAUACUGUACAUUUCUA